CUGAGGCGAGGGGCUGGGCGGGAAAUGCCGGCGGAAGGCGCCGCCCGGCCGCGGCGUCAUGUGAACGGCGGCAAGAUGGCUGCCUUUCCCUGGCAUGCAAGAUCAAGAAACUAUGUUUCAGAAUCUGAAGUAUGCAAACUGGAAUCCAUACCCUUGGAUUUUGGCGAUUACCAUCCACUAAAGCCCAUUACAGUUACUGAAUCCAAGACCAAGAAAAUGAACCGGAAAGGAAGCACUUCUUCUACGUCCUCCUCCUCUUCCAGUUCUAUGCUGGAUCCAUUGAGCAGUGUACUGGAUGGUACUGAUCCCUUGUCAUUGUUCGCAGCAGCUGCAGAUCCUGUGACUACUACUGCGACCAUGGAUAGCACACGAAAGAAACGGGAUAAAGAUGACAGCUCAGCAGUAGGAAGUGACUUUGAACCAUGGUCAAGCAAACGUGGUGAAAUUCUUGCUAGAUACACAACAACAGAGAAGCUCUCUAUUAAUCUAUACAUGGGAUCUGAAAAAGGAAAAGCUACAACUGCUGGCUCAGCAGUUUCUGAAAAAGUGAGGACAAGGUUAGAAGAACUGGAUGAUUUGGAAGAGGGGUCACAGAAAGAGCUGUUGAAUUUGACUCAGCAGGAUUACAUGAACCGAAUUGAAGAACUGAAUCAGUCUUUAAAGGAUGCUUGGUCCUCUGAUCAGAAAGUAAAAGCUCUAAAAAUAGUCAUCCAGUGUUCGAAGCUUCUUUCAGACACGACAGUAAUCCAGUUCUAUCCAAGUAAAUUUGUUUUAAUUACAGAUAUCCUUGAUACUUUUGGGAAACUGGUGUAUGAAAGGAUCCUGUCAAUGUGUGUGGACAGCCGUGUCCCUUUGCCAGAUAAUUUUUCUCCAGAGAGUGUGAACGACACGGCCAAAGAAACUUGCUUAAACUGGUUUUUCAAGAUUGCUUCCAUCAGAGAGCUCAUUCCCAGAUUUUACGUGGAAGCAGCAAUACUGAAGUGCAAUAAGUUCCUGUCAAAAAUGGGGAUUUCGGAAUGUCUUCCACGGUUAACGUCUAUGAUUAGAGGAAUUGGAGAUCCACUGGUUGCAGUCUAUGCAAGAGCAUACCUUUGCAGGGUUGGAAUGGAAGUGGCACCACAACUCAAAGAAAGCCUUAAUGAAAAUUUCUUUGACUUUCUUCUAACAUUUAAGCAAAUUCAUGGGGACACAGUUCAGAAUCAGCUGGUAGUGCAAUGUGUGGAGAUCCCUUUGUAUUUGACUCUAUAUUCUCCUGCUAUAGACUGGAUUUUACAGUGCAUUGCAUAUCGUGCUCCUGAGGUUCUGCUUACUGAGAUGAUGGAGAGAUGCAAAAAUUUGGGGAACAAUGCUUUGCUGUUGAAUUCAAUAAUGUCAGCGUUCAGAGCGGAGUUUAUUGCUGCAAGAUCUAUGGACUUCAUUGGCAUGAUUAAAGAGUGUGAUGAAUCUGGAUUCCCAAAGCACCUCCUCUUUCGCUCCUUGGGAUUAAACUUGGCAUUGGCUGAUCCUCCUGAAAAUGAUCGCCUUCAAAUAUUAAAUGAAGCCUGGAAGGUUAUAACAAAGCUGAAGAACCCACAGGAUUAUAUCAACUGUGCUGAAGUGUGGGUGGAGUACACAUGCAGGCAUUUUACGAAACGGGAGGUCAAUACAGUUUUGGCUGAUGUUAUCAAACACAUGACUCCUGAUCGAGCCUUUGAAGAUGCUUACCCCCAGCUGCAGUCAAUUAUUCAGAAAGUUAUUACCUAUAUCUAUGACUUCUCUUUGCUUUUCUCAGUGGAGAAAUUCCUGCCAUUUCUGGAUAUGUUCCAGAAGGAAAGUGUGAGAGUGGAGGUUUGCAAGUGCAUUAUGGAAUCUUUUAUUAAGCAUCAGCAGGAAUCUACAAAGGAUCCAGUUAUACUCAAUGCUCUUCUGCAUAUCUGCAAGACGAUGCAUGAUUCUGUGAAUGCACUAACACUUGAGGAUGAGAAAAGAAUGUUAGCAGCUUUGAUAAAUGGAUUCAUAAAAAUGGUUUCAUUUGGCCGUGACUUUGAACAACAGCUGAGUUUCUAUGUUGAAGCCAGGUCAAUGUUUUGCAAUUUGGAGCCUGUUCUAGUCCAGUUGAUUCAUUCUGUGAACCAGCUGGCAAUGGAAACAAGAAAGGUGAUGAAAGGAAAUCAUUCCAGAAAGACUGCAGCGUUUGUCAGGGCUUGUGUUGCCUUCUGCUUCAUUACAAUUCCAUCUCUGAGUGGUAUCUUCACACGCCUUAAUCUGUAUCUGCACUCUGGACAGGUUGCUCUGGCAAAUCAGUGUCUUUCACAAGCUGAUGCUUUUUUCAAAGCUGCAGUGAGCCUUGUUCCUGAAGUACCAAAAAUGAUCAAUGUUGAUGGAAAGAUGCGACCUUCUGACGCCUUCCUCCUGGAAUUCCUUUGCAAUUUUUUUUCCACCUUAUUAGUUGUUCCGGACCAUCCAGAACAAGGAGUGUUGUUUCUUGUGCGAGGAUUGCUAAAUGUGAUCCAGGAUUACACUUGGGAGGAUAACAGUGAUGACAAAGUCAGGAUUUAUACUAAUGUUUUGCAUCUGCUGUCUGCGAUGACUCAAGAAGUAUAUAUCUACCAUGUAGAUAAAGUUGAUUCUAAUGAUACCCUGUAUGGUGGAGACUCCAAGUUCCUGGCUGAAAUUAAUAAACUGUGUGAAACAGUGAUAGCACAGAUCCUGGAUCAUCUGAAAACCCUUGGAAAAGAAGAGACCCUAAAGCGACAGAGCCAGUUGGCACUCUAUUUCUUUAACACUAUUCUAGCUCAUGGGGAUCUACGGAACAACAAACUAAACCAGCUUUCAGUCAACCUCUGGAAUCUUGCUCAGAAGCAUGGCUUUGCUGACACCAGUACUAUGGUGACAACACUAGAAUACAUCAAGAAGCGAAGCAAACAACCUGAAAUGAGUCACUUCACAGAUUUGGCCCUUCGGCUUCCUCUGCAGUCCAGGACCUGAGGAAUGCCGCUUUCCCAAGGAGUCACCUGCACAAGGGAGUGUGUUGCCAAGGCCCAAAUCACUGAUCUGGAUUGUGACUGGAGGAGUUCAGUGUAUUAUUUUACUUAGUGGGACAGAUUUACUUGGACACAAGUAAAGGUAAAACUGUUCUGAGUGCAAUAAUUUAACCUGAAUUUGUUUCCAGUUUUACCUCUACAUUAUUAAAUGCUGAUUUAGAUUUAGUUAAUGGUAUUUUGAACCUCUGUGGUUGCAAAAGCCUUUAGAAAGCUAACCUGUUGUCAUUUUAGCAACAAAGAAAGAAGAUAAACUGCAUGGAUCAGUUCACAUCUUCCACACUUCAUCCCACAUGCAGGAUAGUCUUUCUCCUCUGUAGAAACCAGCAUUUCAAUAUAAUAAUCCUACUAAGCCAUCUUUCUGCUUUGGGAAGCUGCCAACAUUGGAUUGGUCAGUUCCAGUAGAAGAGAAAAAUGGCUGAGGUGUUCUUGUCCUAAUUUCUGCAGUAUAUUUUCAUGGACAUGUUUAUGCUUUCGUUUUAGUUCAGUGUUGUUUUGUAAAAUGGAAAGAGUCUUUUAAGUGCUGUCUGCAAAGAAAAAUGGAAAUGUAUGCAAAGUACUCUGUGUUUGCAAAGUACACUAUCCCUGAAUAAAACAAUUUGCAGUUCA